AUGUCCUCAGAUCCAGCUGGCACAAAAAGGAUAGAGCAAGAAGAUCUAGACGAGUUUGAGAUGUUAGAAGAGGCGGCUGAUGAUAAUGCUUCGUUCUGUAGUGAGGCAUCCUUGGUUAUCAAUGUUCUGCAGAGAGCUCAGAGAAGAAAACAGGAGCUCUUUGGUCUGUCCCCACUGCUCAAGAAAACUCCUCUUGCUACUCUCCAGUCUGUGGAUGCUACAGAGGAAAAUAAUCACGAGUCACAUGAUGCACCACCUGAUCAGUCACAUGACUCAACCCUUAUGAAUAGAGACCCUAUGAAAAAUAUACAAAGGUCGAAUGAGAGAGAGAAUGGGUUUUCUGGGGAACAUUACAACGAGUCGAUUGGUGGGAAAGUGUCCGACAAUAGACCAUCAGCGGUGUUUAAGGAAAUGAUUGCUGGUGGACAGCUGAUCUUGAAUGGCGGAGAGGCGGCUGAGAUACAAGAUGACUUCUACUCCUCGGGGGAAGAUUCGGAUGAGGAGAUGGUCAACGAUUCCGAUGAUGUUGUGGUAGGGAGGGCUCUGAUGAGGAAGGUGUCCAAAAGAUCUUCAGAAAAGAAUUUCUUGGUGGAAAAUGAAGUGGAUACACAGGAAAGUGAGGAUGAGGCUGGCUCAGGAGAGGGACAAGAAGUCAUAGGAAGGUUGGAUAGUAGUGGUGAUGAUGAUGGUGAGGAGGAGGAAGAUUUUGAUAUUUACAGAACAGGAAUGAAUGAAAACAGAAACAAUAAUAGCAAUAUCAAUGUAAAACAUGAAAUGCUGCUGGCUGAUGAAAGGAAACCAAGAACUUCUAGUAGCGCAAAAGCUAAGAACCUUCACUUUGAGGACAGUGGAGAAGUCCAUAAUGGAGACGUUGAAGAAAAACUCACCACUCAAGAUACUUUUGGGGAAGAUUUUGAGGGAACGCCGAGGAAGAGUGCUGCCUCCCCAGAGGCUGUGGAUCAGGCUGAGUUCGAGGAUGAGGAAACUUGGGGUGACUUUACAGCGCAGCUAAGUGACAGCAGUGAUGAGGAUAGCAUCGUUGCUUUGGCACCUAACCUCAAAUCAACCCCAGCAAAAGAAGAAGAGAAGGCUGGGAUGAAAAGGAAGAAAAGUGAGAAAACAACUGGCGAACAAGUCCAUCUGUCUCCCCCUCCGACUUCGGCCCUUGUUGCUAAGCUCUUUCCAAAACUCCGGCAGCCUGAUGAUAAACAUAAGCAGCAAAUCGAGGAGGAGGAGAAGGUCCUCCAUGCGAAGGCCGAGAGGCCUGCAGGAGACGGCUCCCAGGCAAGGCUCCUGAGGGAUCGGCUCUCCCAGCUGGAGAAUGAAAUUGAGCGAUUUAGGAAGGAGAACCUCCUCCUCGCAAAGCUCAGGGAAGAAAGAGAAAAGGGACUAGAAUCCAUGAAGAAGGAAAUGGAAGAGUUUCAGAAACAGAAAGCCGAGGACUUGCAGAGACUUCAAGAAUACAAGGAAGAGGAAACAAAAAAGCUGAAACGUGAAAGGAAGAUGUUUGAAAAGCACCAGAAGAAUUUAAGAACCAUGCCUGAUAAACGAGACCGGGAAGAGAUUGAAAUGCUCAAACACCAGUUGAGUGAGCUUCAGACGGAACUCAAGCAGCGCGAGUCAAGAUGGAACGCAUCAACGCGGAGGCUCAGAGAUCGGACCGUUGCCUUGGAAACAGAAAAUACAGAGCUUCGGGAGGAGAUCCGUCUCCUAGAGCAAAGGAGGCUAGCUUCAUGGAAGAAGGAGGAGACGAACAAGGGGAAGCCUAUUUAUGCCCAACCCUCAAGCACAAAUGCUAGGACCCCCAAAGCAGCUGAAAAUCAAACUAUAGAACAGUCCAAUAACAACAACAUCAAUAGGAAGAGGCCAGAAAGUGAGGACCGUCCCAUUAUCAGAAAUGGGGAUAGCCAGCAUCACAGAGGAAGUGGAAAGUCAAGGACUAUGUCAGAGAGCUCGGAUGAUGAUGAUGACAGUGAAAAUGAAUACCUUCAGGCAUACCCAGCACCAAGAAUGGAACCUUCCAAACAGGAUGAUGCUAUAAUCUAUGAAAGCCAAAUUGCCAACCCCAGACGGAGUCGAUCUCCGUCCGACCGGGAGCGACCUCCCAUCCCCGUACCAAAUGAGAGGACCCCGCCCCCAACCAGGACCAAACCGUCAUCUCUGUCCCCAUCUUCACCUUCUACCGCUCAGCCCAGUCCCCAGCACCUUCCCCAUCCCAGGCCAAGGGCAUCGCCACUCAGAAAUGGGUUCAACCAUGCAGGUGCAGGGGUGGUCGGCAUACACCAGGAUGGAGGGGACGAGGAAGAGGAUGAUUACGAGGAUGUCGUGCAUGGAGAUGGCAAGGUUGAGCAGGUCAAGCCAGACGGGUCAAGAGUACUAACGUUCUCUAACGGGACGAAGAAAGAGAUAAGUGCCGACGGUCGGACCAUCAUUAUCUCAUUCUUUAACGGAGAUGUCAAACAGAUUCUUCCUGACCAGCGUGUGGUAUACUACUACUCAGAAACCAAGACAACCCACACAACAUACCAAGACGGCUUAGAAAUCCUUCAGUUCUCGAAUAAUCAAACCGAGAAGCACUACCCUGACGGCACGAAGGAGAUCACCUUCCCAGACCAAACCAUCAAGUAUCUCUUCCCGAACGGCGGAGAGGAGAGUGUGUUUGCGGACGGCACCGUCCUGAGAGUGGACCCCAACGGCCGGCGCGUCAUGGAAUUCCCCAACGGUCAACGGGAGAUCCACACCGACCAGUACAAGAGAAGAGAAUAUCCUGAUGGCACGGUGAAGACAGUCUUCCCCGAUGGUCGGCAAGAGACCAGGUACUCUAGCGGUAGGAUCAGGAUCAAGGAUAAGACUGGAAACAUUGUCGUUGACAGAAAGGGAUGAGGUAUCAGGUAUCCAUGUCAAAUCAUAUCGGGGUAGACUCUACAGUAUUAUUUGCCUUUAAUAUACCACUUUUUACGUUUUGAAGAGCGUCUGUAAGUGCGAAUCAGAAGUGACCCCAGUCUUUAGAUUUUGACUUGACAAGCAAUGUUAAUUUUGUACUUUGUGUUAGCCGAGCCUUGGGCGCAAACGAAAGUGAACAGAAUAAUUCCAACAGGCUCUCCUCCCUGUGUAAAAGGUAUUCAUGGCAAGAAUUCACAGAACCAUUCUUGGACACCAUCAUUUUUUUUUCUAUAGAGAAAUUGAAAAGGGAGAGAUUAGGAUUCCUGAUGAAAGGGCAGUUGUUGUUUUUUCUUAAUGAACUGAACUAUUUGGAUGUUUGCUGGUGGUCUUUUACAUCCUUGCUCUUACACAUCAUAUGUACUGUCAUAUAUUUCUUCUCAUGGUCAGUAUAUUUGUAUUUCCAUUGCCAGUCAUACAUUUUGUGUCAGUUUCAUUUUAAGUUUCUUGCCAUAUUUGUAACUUCAUGUAAAAAAAUAUCUGAUUUUCACUAUCGGAAUUUGUAUUCUUUAACUGAUGAUGUUUUUAAUUUGUGCGUUUGCAUGAUGUUUAAUUAUGAAUUGUGUGCUUGAUUUUGCUAGAUGUGUGAGGCAAAAAUAAACUGCUUGCCUGCCUGCCUUCUAAUGAGGACAUUAUCGUUUUGUUUCAAAUCAUCAGACAAAAAUUGUGUUUCUGAUAGGUUUUCUUAUUAUUUUGAAUUAUUCAUUUCCAGUAAACAGCAGUAAUUGUAAUAUUUCUAACAUGGUGUUUUAAAACUACUUCUUGGCUUUUCUCAGAAGGUAGUUGGUAAUUUGGUAAAAGCUUUCACUUUUGCCUCUCCCAAUGAAUAUUUUUGAGAUACUGAUUUUACUUUCCCACUGAUGGUAGGCCUACUGCUAGCCUGACUUGAAUUCUUCAUCAAUUGACUUUCUCUUAAAAUGACAUGACAAGUACCAGUCAUUCCAAGAUGAGAAAAAAGUCAGCUUUAGAUUGGCUAUGCUGCUUGGUAGUAUGAAUUACAUUCUCCUCUUUAUAUCACAUCGUGUUUACAAACUCCUUUAGAUUUUUUAAAGAUACCAUUUUGUAUAGCAGAGCCAUAAAAUUCUGGUGUGCAGGAGAACACUGUUGUUUGUCUGCACUUCUAAAGGCGCAUGUAUUACACUUCGCAGUAUUGUCAUGAGGUAGAAAUCAUCCAGCAUGUGCAUCUCAGAGGAAUGCUUCAUAGAUUUUUAGAGGAUGAUAAAUUGGCCCAGAACCAUUGUGAGAUAUGAGUAGACGCUUGAAGGAUUUAGAGCAGCUGUACUAGCAAUUAAAUGAGACACAAAAGUUGCAUCGCAUAUGUAAAGCUCUUUAUUGAAAAUCUAGAUAAGAAAACUCCUGGCAUUGGGUGGAUUCACAAUAUGGUGCACCAUCUAUCGGUUGUAGCAAACAGGCCAAUUGUCGCAGUCUACAUCACACGUAGGUGCAGGCAGCGCAGUGCUAGUUUACUGUUAUGUGACUGUGAUGCUUCAAAAAUGAAAACAUGGCAAGAGUUCACCAAAAAACGGUUUAAAUUUCGCACAGAAAUAUGCAUAAAUAAGUGUUUGGUAACGCAAAUCGUAAAAUAGCCUUAAAAAUGGACAUACUGAAGCUGUUCGACAUGCACUCAUCGGAGUAAAAACGCAUGAAUGACUAAAAUGCUAGAGCAAAACAAUAUAUAAUAGAAUCAAAACUAGACAUUGGACACGCUAAAUGUCGAGCCGAGAUUUGCUGUCAAUUUAACAAGUUAGGCUUGGUACCAGCCGUAUAUUUAAGCGAAGCAACUAAAAUAACGCAAGGGUUCUUACGAACUCCUUCUGGCGGCAUAGAAUCGGGUAUGUUAGCUGGAUAUAUGCUGCCUCGAGCAUGCACAAAUGAGUGAAACUCCUUGCUCGGCUGAGCACCUUAAACAGAAAUACUCGCGCAAAUUUCUCUCCCACCUCAUGGACCCUAGUAGUAAAUAGCAUAUCCGUUUGAGCCGCAUCAGCCAGCGCUGAAUAAACGCAUGCAUGCAUGCACUUUAUUAUUAGUGCAUGCACCAGAUGUCAACUUUUCCUCAUGAGGCAUUGCGAAUUCUGGCCUGUUCGCUGCAACCUAUAGAUGGCGCACCGUAUAGUGAAUCCACCGAAUGGAAUGCAAGGAUUAUUUUACUCAACUGUAGUUAUACUGAAUUCAUUUGAAUAUGCCUUUUGCAGAAGACAGUACCAAUUUCUGAAGUAAUGAAGUACACAUUUAGCCUACCUCUCUUUACAUGAGCUUUUUCAUAGCUGAAUGACUUUUGUAGAAAUUUUCUGAGCAUGACCUAUGCAACUUUUAUAGAUUAAAUGUGAAUGAAGGAGAUAAGUAAUUUCUUGCAUUAGGUAAUUUUGAUGAUUGUGUUGUGGAAGCGAUGUUUUUUUUACACACUGUAGAAUUUAUGUGAAGCUUUGGCAAAUUUGCAAGGUGAAAUUGUAUUUGUAUCAAGAAUUGUACAAACACAUUGUGAUCUUAAUUUGUUUGUUUAGUGCAAAAGGGGUGUUACUCCAAUCAUAUAAAGGGUUUAAGACCAUUAUGAGUUACUCAAACCAUGUCAGUUCAUUUGUUUCAAAAGAUAGUAUAGCAUGAACUGCUUCAUAUUAUAAAAAUAUACAAAGAUGAUGUUAGUGGCAAUGCUAUUCACUCGAGGACUUAAAGCGACCUUUCAUUGACAAAUCAUGGGGAAAUCAAGGCUUAUCUCAGAACAGAGAAGGGAUUCAAGUCUUUCACUUAGCUGCAUGCCUGGGGGUGUUAUUUAAUAGACGCCGGCAUGUCUGGAGGUCUUUUGGAGAGCAAUAGUUAGUAGACUAACCAACCAGAAGUAAUCUGUGUGUUUUCACUUUGAAACAUGUAUUAACUUCGCAGAGAUUAUUUAUUUUGGUUUAGCAAUCAAGAGACCUGCUAUGAGUCUAGGAAUUGGGAUUGUUGGAAACUGGAAAUGCGAUGAUCCGAAGUAAAUAACCAUCACGAGUUCGGUCAAAUUUGUGCUGUCCGAACUUUUAUCGCAUUAGUCUGACGUGCGCCCAUGACGGAUGGAUUAUAUUAUGCAUGUCAAUUGGCCUUUUGCAAUUUCGUAUUGAAUCAAUUUCCUCAUGAUUUGUCAGUGGCUGGGCCCUUUAAUAAUAAUAAUAAGCAGUUCUUGUAUAGCGCAUAUCACAUUGUGUUAUAACGUCUCCAUGUGCUUCCAAGGACUUGGAUAUGAUAACCCCGGCUUUAGCUUGGUAGCUGUAAUUACUUACAGCGCACACGCAUUUUAAGGAAUUAAUACCUAUCGGUACCCAUUUACCUUACCUGGGUCGAGUGCAGCACACUGUGGAUGAAUUCCUUGCUGAAGGAAACAGUGUUAUGGCUGGGAUUUGAACCCACGACCCUCUGUUUUAAAGUCCAGAGACUAAUCCACUGUGCCACAACGCUCCACAAUUUUUAUAAUUGUGAAAGAAUCACAAGAACCUGCUUGGUUAUUUUGCAAAAACAUUGUAGAUACCUGCAUCGCCACUAACAUCGCAAACUUAAACCUGUGCAUUUUUUAUUUAUGAAUUGUUUCGACAAUGUGAUCAUAUACAUGUAGGAGUAGCCAGUUGAUCACGUUUUUUUCACACAUGCUACUGGAGUAUCCUAUAAAAGAUACCUCAUAAGUUUCUUUUAACCAAAAUGUGAGUUGAUCAUUAGGAGUGUUGUGCCCAUGAUAACCCCGCCCCCCCCCCCCCCAUAUUCCAUUCUCUUAUAUCCAAUUAAUCAAAUCCAAUUGGAAAUUUGUGGAGCAGUCAUACAAGUUUAUCAACUAUAAUUUUUGUAAUGUGAUACAGGUCCCUAAUCAUAUGUGGGCCAGUUAUUGAGAGCAAUUACAUAUUUUUGUGAGGUUUUUACUUUUCUAAUGUUUAUGAAAGUUUACUGCACCAUUAUCAAUAAAGUGUGGUCAAAAUUGCUUCUUAAAGCAAUACUUCUACAAAACGUUCAAAGAUUAAGCAUGCUAUUGAAUUUAUUAAAGACAAAUUGAAUUUGGAGACCUGAUAUUUAAUUCAAUUAUACUUAUGUUGAUUGAUGAUAUUUAAUCUAGUAGUUGUAACCGAGUUUAUCUUGGAAUGUCCUCUCUGCCCAGACAAGGUGUUUAGUUAAUCAUAAAUUAGUAAUUUAGCAAAAUAAUGACCCGCUUUUACCGUUAUCUCAGUGGUAAAUUAAAGCUGGACAAUAUAUGCAUCAGAAAAGUCAUAAGCUUUUUAAUUCAUGUUGAAGAAGUUGCUUGAAUGUAUUCCAAAUUUGUAAGUGAUUGAAAUGUAUCAGGCAAACACAUUUACCUUAAUCUAAAAUAUAUUUAAUAAUUUGUUCAAAUUAUAUAGUAAUUAUGGAAGGUAAUACAUGCACUGAAAUCAUUAAAAUUAAUAGAAGACGCCUGAAUAUAAGAUUGAUUAAAAGGUGCACUCAACUAUAUAUUUAUGUGAAUAUGUAUAUAUAUAUUAAAGAUAGCAUUUAUCAAAAUAAUUUGUGCCUUAUGUGGACAUGCAGCUAUGAAUAAAUACUUUGAUAGAAAAGAAAAA